UCAGCCAUGCUGCGCCGCUGCGCCACGCUGGUCGCGAGAGCGACACCUGCUAGGGGAUAUCACCAGAAAGUGAUUGAUCAUUACGAAAGUCCCAAGAAUGUUGGUUCCUUCGACAAGGGGGACAAGGCUGUUGGAACAGGCCUUGUUGGAGCGCCCGCGUGCGGUGACGUUAUGAAGCUCCAGAUCAAGGUCGGAGAGGACGGCAAGAUUCAGGAUGCAGUCUUCAAGACGUUUGGAUGUGGUUCUGCCAUCGCCAGUAGCUCCGUAGCCACCGAGUGGGUGAAGGGGAUGCACAUCGACGAGGCGUCCAAGAUCAAGAACACGGAGAUCGCCAAGCACCUGAGCCUGCCCCCUGUGAAGCUUCACUGCUCUAUGCUGGCAGAGGAUGCGAUCAAGGCCGCGAUCAAGGACUAUAAGAACAAGAGCCAGCCAGCCGCUGCUAAGGUCGAAGAGGCUCCCAAGCAAGCUGCGUCAACCUCCAUGUAAAAAUACCGUGUAAAGUGUCUAGUUCGUAUACUCAUCUCCGAGGCAUGGCUGCCGUUUGAGUUGCCUCCCCUGCUUGUGGUUAGUGGCAUGUCGUCAGUUUGCAGACGAUUGUCUCUGCUGUCCUUUGUUUGGGCAAGCCUGUCUUGAUUGCUCGCUAGGAUGCUGAAGCAAUGAGUGUAAUAAAGGAAGAAAAUCU